AUGCGAAUGCCAUCAAUUUUACGAAUAUUACUGUUAUUAUUAUCACAAGAGAAUUUAUUUGUGAAAGGGCUUGACGGGUGGGAAAUACUCGCUGAUUCCCCGAGGAAUCUCUCAAAAAGCGCUCAGCAAUGGGAGGUACUCGACGGGAAAACAAUCGACAUGAGAAAAGACGAGGAAAAGCAACGCUGGGAGAUCGUUGAUGCGAAUUCGACAAAGCCACCAAUGCUCAAAGUUGACUGGGAAGUGAUGGAUGCGACGCAAGAACAAUUUUCGGAGAGGUAUCGAAUAAAAAAUCUUUGCCCAGCCGGAUUGGUGCCAUUUCUCGAGGACAAGCGUGGGAUUCCGCGCUCGUGCAACGAUAACUCAUUCGAGUACGCUUGCCCGAUGCGAGACGCUAAACCGUGGCCGGCCGCUGAUCGACCAAAGAUGUGUACACUUGCUGACUUGUCGACGUGCCCCAAUUCGGCUCAAUGCAUGCCCAGUAGCGUAGCCGGUACGACAAUCUGUUGCGAGCGAUCGUUGAGCGAAGUUCGAAGUUUCUCCGCAAUUGGCACCGAGCCAAGCAAAGACGAAAAAGAAGAAAGUUGUCCACCAGGAUGGACACCAUACAAUCAAGAGAAAAUCAUUUGUUCCCCAUCAAAGGCAUCUCCAUGCCCCGGAAAAUCCGCUUGUCUUCGCGCCGCUUCCACUCAAACUCAGCACAUUUGUUGCUCUCCCGGCUCAGUGACCGUACCAUUUUUUGGUGAUCGAUGUCCAGUGAAUCGUUCAAGGAUUGAAUUGAUCAACGGGGCACCAAGGCGAUGCUCUGCCUAUAGUCCUGAGUGUUCGGAUGGGUACACUUGCCAGCUUUCAUACCUCCGUAAGCACAUGCUCUGCUGCUCGACUACAGUACGCGCCCAGCAACCAGCACAGCUUCAAUUCACGUGUCCACAAAUCGGUCAAACGCCAGUCGUUUCUCAGCAAGGGAACAACGUUUUCUGCAGUAAUGCCGGACAAAGAGACGUUUGCCCAAUCAAUUCUUUAUGCGUUUCGGCAGCGAACAGUCAAGGAUUGCUCAUUUGCUGCUUCAGCUCGCCGACCAAUGUCCAACCGAUUUGCCCGAACAACGGCCAACCGCAGCCGAGUCUUGGCGGCAGCUUUGUCGCUUGUGAUAUCACGAAUCCGAUUUGCAACACUGGAUUCACGUGUGUCCGCGCGUCGAACGAUUUUCAGACAACUCUCUGCUGUGCGCCGGGCACAAACCCGAGCAGUCCGAUUUGCCCAAAUCAGCAAACUGUUCAAUUGACAAACGGUCAGCCAACUUUCUGCAAUCCGUCAAUAAUUUCCGGGUGCUCGACGGGUUUCACGUGUACCCAAGCGGCGAAUAUGGCUGGAACAUUUAUCUGUUGCAGUGCUGCUGGCAUAUCGACUUGUCCCGCGAAUUUCAGCCCCAGUUUGGACAAUCUUGGAAACCAGAUCUUCUGCACACCAACAAAUACAGCCGGUUGCCCAGGCGGAUCGCAGUGUCUCCAAUCGCCGAAUAAUCCCGCGUUUUUCUUGUGUUGCAGGUCCACAAUAGCGCCUCGAGUUUGUCCAAAUGGGCAAAGUGCGUUGUUGGGUCCAAAUGGGAAUCUCGUUUCGUGCACUGGACCGGGAGCGCCUUGUAGUCAACCGAACUACAUUUGCACUUUAUCCCCAGUGCUCGCUCAAUAUUACUGUUGUGGUGUGAGUACACAAGUUGCUGUUUGUGCCGACGGACGAGAGACCUAUCAACAGAUCUCCGGUUCAACAUAUUCCUGUAGUCCGCUUCAAGUUCCCACCGGUUGCCCAAUCGGCUACGAUUGUGCACAAAGCAGCGUUUUGGGCACCUACGUCUGUUGCCGAACGAUCGUCACAACAAUCUCUCCAUUGAAUCAAUGCCCAAGCGGUUGGAAUGGCUAUCGAAAUGAAGUCACUGGUGAGAGUCGCAUGUGCACUGGGCCCUUUGAUAUGAGUUGUCCAACCGGCUACUCUUGUACUCCGACGACAAACUCGUUUCUUGGCGGUACUUCGUCAUUCGCUUGUUGCAGAUUGGCCACUACACUUCGUUGUAUCACUGGGCAACCGCUACUAAUGAACAAUCAACCACGUUUAUGUUCUUCACAACGACUCAAUCAAUGUCCACCCUCUUACACGUGUCAACAAUCGACUGUGCCAUCGAUCACGAUUUGCUGCACCAAUAUUCCUUUUCCAUUGUCGAGGGACAGCAGUUUACUGUGCUCGGACGGUUCGCAGCCGGCUUUCGUCGGGACAAGUGUGCAAUACUGCAGUGAUGUGGGUGUUCAAUCGACUUGUCCCUCAUCGUAUUUGUGUCAACAAAACACUUCAGGGCGUAAUUUAUGCUGUAGGGUUAGGCGAGCUCGAAUCGCGUCGAGUAAACGAAUCGAGAAAAGCGGGACGAACGACUCGCAAUGGGUUUGCGGAGUGGGCACGAUUGCUCAAUUGAACGGCGGUGAUCCGAUCAAAUGCGGUGAUGAUCGGGAUUGCAAAAAGCGAGCCGUUUGCCCGUCCGGAGUUUCUUUAGCGAAAAUGGGCAGAACUUGUCAAAAUGAUGGAGACUGCGGAGAGAACUCGCAAUGCCAGCGAUCAGCCAAUAUUCCGCGCAUUUCUCUCUGCUGUGCGACAAAAGUUCCAGUGGUAACACGUUGCACGAAUAGAGAAACGCAAAUGAUCCAAGGUCGUCCAGUGUCCUGUAUUGUGGAUGAAUCGUUGUGUGAUCGAGGCUUCGAAUGUUCAACAAAAACCACUACAAAAAGAUCAAUUUGUUGUCAGAAAACAAUCACAAAUCAAACGGAAAUUUGUGGAGAAAACCGUGCCGUCUUCUACGUUUCCCCAUCCACGGAAAAGCUUCUCUUUUGCGAUGACACCGGUUACAUCUGUCCAUUAGACUUUCAGUGUACUCGAUCUCCCGAUCUCGAUCGUUUCGUCUGUUGUUCGCCGAUUCCUCGAUGUCCCGAGAGUGGACAGAAAGCGGUGUUACGCGAAGGGAAACAGAUUAGAUGCCUUUCCGAUAAAGAUUGCCCAGAAGCGAUGUGCACACCGACGAACUUUGGUUUCAUUCACGAGUCGAUUCGGCAGCUGAUCAUACGGAAAUACGGCGAAGAUUUGUGGUUGCAGAUAUUAUCAAGAGCUGGUUUCGAGAACGGUAAAGAAAACGUCGUUAACCAUUACUACAAUGAUUCGGACACGUAUCUCUUGGUAGACUCCGUGAGCGCGAUUACGAAGCUUUCCCGAGAGCAAGUCUGGGAGAUGUACGGCACGUUUCUGAUCGUUUACACGAUGGAGUUGGGCUGGGACGAGCUGGUGCGCAGUAUGAGCCCGAAUUUGAAGGGUUUUCUCGACAGUCUAGACUCUUUGCACUACUUUAUCGAUCACGUUGUGUACAAGGCGAAUUUGAGGGGCCCGUCUUUUCGAUGCGAGCAGAACGUGGACGGGACGAUCACUCUGCAUUAUUUCACCGGACGGCCUGGUCUAUACCCGAUUGUGAAAGGAGUGCUGAAAGAGGUGGCUCGUUGCGUGUUCAACAUCGAGAUCUCGUUGACGAUCACUGGUAGAACCCAGCGCUCUGUGCAGACGGCGAGUGGCGGAGAGAGAAUCGAGGAGCACGUCAUUUUCCUCAUCAAGACUAUUUCAAACACUCGUGGCGAAGAGGUGCCUCAAGAUGCGAUGAUUGGCCCGAAAGUUUCAGCUGUUGAGGGCGAGGGUGAGCCGUUGCACAUGUCGUUGAGCGAUUUCUCGACACUCCUUCCGUAUCACGUGAUCUUCGAUGAGGAUUGCAAAUUGGUGCAAGUCGGGAAAGAGUUGUACAAUCACGUGCCGAAAGAUCUCCUCCAACCGGGUACUCCAAUCAUGCGAAUGUUCGAGUUAACACGACCGCAAAUCCCUUUUGAUUUUGAUAAUGUGUGCAAUUUCAUCAACGCCGUUUUCGUGUUACAAGUGCGCACGGCGCCCACCGAUUUGCGACGGCAACGCGAGGCUGAG